ACUACUAUAAUAGUGAUGAAACUCCGUCUCUCCUCUAGGUGGACGUAUCUAACAGUGUCGGUGCCCUACUCCAACUGCCCCAGCAGCACCAGUAAGACCAGCGUCACCCUCUCCCUGGUCAUGCCCUCUCAGGGGGGUACCCUCACCAACGGGACCAACACAGCCUCCACUUUGGAGGAGGGCACACCCACACACACACCUGGCCAGAGUCCCACCACCACGCUCCAUUCCACCAAUAACCAGACCACCCAGAGCUCCAGCUCCUCUUCAGGAGACGGAGGCAGCCUUUUCAGACAGCGUGGCAGCCAGGCGGUGCAGCCAGACGAGACCGGACGGGUCCCUCCCUAUGUUGACUUCACCCAGUUCUACCGGCUGUGGGGGUCGGACCACGGAGACUUCCUGGGGACACAGGGGUCCUCAGCCGGGCUGGGGCCUCAGUGAUGGAGGGGGACAAGAUUUGGGGUGAAGAGAAUGAUAAAUGCUCUUGAAGGAGAGAGGUAUAGGAAUGUAUUGGAGGGGUUGUGUGAUGGAUUUUGGUGGUGUUGUUGAGAUUUAGACCAUCUGAUAUGGCAUUUCUAUUUUUUUACUUUGUCACGACUAUUCCUUUUACUACAGCCGAUAACGUGUUUAUUACACGCCUAAAGGUAAUGUUAUUGAUGGGUCGGGUGGACGACAGGUAUGCAGGAAGGAGGGCUGAUCUAGCAUCAGUUUUUGCUUUAGAUAACAAUGAAUAAGAUUAUAUGGACAGGGGUGACCUGAUCCUAGGUCACUGCUCUGACUCUGAGAUGCUUGAUGCGGCCCCAGAUCUACCUGAAUGGACUGAAUUCACUCCCAACACACAGUCAGUGAGUGUAUGUUGGCUGGCGUUUGUAACUCCUGUCACCUGCUCUCUGUCAGUCUGUCUGUAAACAAGGGAGGGAGGUAGGAAGGGGGAUGAAUGAAUGAUGUGGGGUUAUCAGUCUGUAAACAAGGGAGGGAGGAGAGGGGGAUGAAUGAAUGAUGUGGGGUUAUCAGUCUGUAAACAAGGGAGGGAGGAGAGGGGGGUGAAUGAAUGAUGUGGGGUUAUCAGUGCGGGUGACACAUCACAUAAUGAGCUGACAAGUGAAGGGACUCAUCUCAGCUGUCUCUUGUUACUGUAGCUCUCCGUUGAUCUCUCUUUCUCUCUUUCCACCCCACUCCCUCCUACUCUCCACCUGCCUCUUCACUCUCUCUUUCGCUCCUCUUUAUCCGUAUUUGGUCUGAAGUGGGGUUGGUUGGAGGAGAGAUGGGCAGUUGAAGUGAUUACAUGUUUUUGAUAGUUAUGAAAUCAUGUAUAUCUAACGUAUGUUUAUUUUAUGUAUCGUUAUAUAUAUUUUAUGUACAGUUGAAGUUACAUACACUUAGGUUGGAGUCAUUAAA